AUGGAUGAAAGUAUAAAUUUAAAUAAUUAAUAGUAAAAUCAUUAUGUGAAUAGAAAAAAUAUUAAUAAGCGAUUAUGAGUGCUGAAGAAGGUUUGAUGGUGAUUAACAACAAUAGUCAUUUACAUUGUAUAAAAGGUGAAAAAGAAUAAUUAUGA